CCACCUUUUCAGUCCUUCGCAACAACGCGCGGAUCGCCAUCCUCCAACGCAAUAAUCCUUAAAACAUAUAAUUACAUUCACAGUCAUCAAUAAUCCCGCACACGAUUCGCCACCGUGCGAAAUUCGUGCGUAAUUGACCUGCGAACGCAUAAAACAAUGGUAAUUCAAGUCUCCAGCGCGUAGUUAAAUAAAACACUAUAACAAACAAACGAUCGACUGAUAUCGGUCGGCGAUGUAAGGCAUAAGCAAACAUAUGAUAAUGUGGAUAAUGUGUCAAGUGGACGUUAUCGGCGCUGUCGCGAUUGUCGCCGUUGUCGGAUUUUCGCAUCGUUUCCAACCUCUCUGAGCCUCUCAAACAUCUCCGGCUGUUGAUAACGAGUAAGAGGAUAUUGAUGUGAAUAAUCACCGGUUUAAAUCAAUAUGGAUGUUGUAAAGAUUAGUCUGGAGGCUUUACUGCAACGCGCAACAAAUCCCCAAAAUGAAAACAUUGACACCGCCGCAGUGGAAGCCUUCUGCGCGUUAAUCAACAAAGAAAAAGACGGCCCACUACUCGCCGUCAAACUGCUCGCUACUCGCAUGCACUCCAAACGCGAGCUGGAGGCCCUUCAAACCCUUCACAUCCUCGACUACUCGAUGCAAAAGUGCGGCGCGUUGUUCCAGGACGAAAUCGGCAAGUUCCGCUUCCUCAACGAGAUGAUCAAACUUGUAUCCCCGAAAUAUCUCGGUGCGCACACCCCACUCGCUGUCAAACAAAAAGUCCUUCAACUAAUGUACCUCUGGAUGCUGGACUAUCCGAAACAAUCUAAGAUCAAAGACGCCUAUGAUAUGCUGAAGAAACAAGGAGUGAUCAAGGAUGUCCCCCUGAGUGUAAGUGCGGACUAUCAACUGGAGCGCCAGCAACAUAACACGAUCUUUCAGGACGAGGAGAAAGGAAAACUAUUGAAGAAGUUAUUACAGAGUAAAAAUCCCGAGGAUUUACAAGCUGCAAAUAGAUUGAUCAAAACUAUGGUUAAAGAAGACGAGAAAAAGGCUGAGUUGAAAAGUCGGAGAAUCUCAGAGUUGGAAUCUGUUCAGAAUAAUAUAAGAUUAUUGAAUGAAAUGUUGGAUUCGUUUAAGGUUGGAGUAUCCUCAACCGAUGAGACGGAGCUGAUUAAAGAGUUGCAUGAGAGUUGUGUGCGCAUGCGUCCUAGUAUUACUAAACUAGCAUCAGAGACGCAGCAGAAUGAUGAGAUACUGAGUGAGGUUUUGCGGAUCAAUGACGAGUUGGGGCAAGUGUUUGAUAAGUAUCAUGUUGUGAUGGUCCUCGGACAGGUUGGAAGGGAAUCAAGUGUUAGGCAAACGUCUUUACUAGAUCUUUCUGUUCUGGACAGGCUGGAUGCUAAAAAACUAGUAAUGUUGAUGUGUUAUGUGAUAUUCUAUCCGAUUGGUGAUGAUAUUCUGAAACCAACUGCUGUUGGUUUGGUUGCAGAAAGUAAACCGGAGGAAAGUGAUGAAUCUAAGAAGAAAAAAGCGUUUGAAACUCUGGAUGCGCUCAGUGAGACGUUACUAUUAGAAAAUUUACAAACUGCGACACGUCUGGGUAGUCAAUUCAAUAAAUCCCCCAAUGAUAAGAUACCGAUGAAUCUCCUGCAAAAGUCUCAAUCUCAAUCAUCUCAAGCUACUUCCAUAACUAAUCAUACUUUAAAUCCCAUCUCGUCUGUGACCUUUAAAAGUAAUAAUGUUAAAGCCGCGUUGGAUUUGGACGCGGAAUUAUCGCUAUUGUUAGAAACAAAUGUUGAAUCUCACCAUAAUGAAUCCUCGAAUGCGUUGGAUGAUCUGCUUGUUGAUAUCACGACGACUCCAGCGUCUACGCCUGCUAUGACGCCGACUGCGGUUCAAAAUGGCGGAACAUCAGCGUCUGGAACAUCCGAGAAAACAGAAAUUAAACAUACUCAUGAAACAGAUGAUAAAGUUCUUGAUACGUCCGCUGAGAAUAAGAACGCGUCGUUGAAACUGAGCGAUCUGUUUGUCGAUUUGAAAUCAAUUAAACCGAGCGGCAUCGAGCCGAUUGUGGCCUUAAACGAACAAAAUGGCGUCGCGUUGACGCUGCACUUUGCCAAAGAUAAACCGCACCAAGAUGUCUCAGUCAUGGUCGUUUCCAUAGCCAACAAGAACGAAUUACCGAUGAAGAACGUGUUGUUUCGUGCGAUUGUACCGAAAACGUGUAAAGUCAAGUUACAACCGCCAUCUGCAUCAGAUUUACCGGCGUGCAACCCAUUUCUACCCCCGAGCGCGAUAACGCAGGUAAUGCUCAUCGCCAACCCGGAAAAAAUACAAUUAUCGCUUAAAUUCAUCGUCAGUUACAACGUCGACGACGAAAUGAUGACUGAGAUGGGAGAAAUUGACGAGUUACCCACAUAACUUUCACAACUUAAUAACAAUUUACAUUAUUCGCAUUAAGAGGUAAUUAGUCGCUGUGAUUUAUAAUUUUUAUGUACAUAAUACAUACGAUAAAUAUAAACAACUUCAACCAAA